AACAGCUAACAUUUGCACUUUCUCUAUUCAUCAACAUUUUCUGCAUUAACAUUUUGAUUUUACAUUAUCUGGAACUAUUUUGUGACAUCUACCGGAUAUCUUUAAAAGAACUUUGUUAGCACAAUGUGGCAGCACUAAUAAACAGCUGAGACAGGUUGAAAAUAAAUAUAUGUACAUAUUCGUCUCUGCUCAGACUAGUUUAUUUUGACAACUUUAUGUGGAUUAUAAACAAAAUUAAAUACGAAAAUGGAUAAAUUAACAAUGAUUAGUGCUACUUUGUUUCUUGCCGCCGACGUUUUUGCAAUAGUCAGUUUGGCGAUGCCUGACUGGAUUGUAACCGAAGAAGCAGGUGAUAUACGUCUAGGAUUAAUGUGGACUUGUAUGACGCUAUAUAACCGAUCACAAGUAUGUUAUACACCUGAACUACAGCCAGAGUGGUUAGUGGCGCUAGUCUGCAUAUUCAUAGGAUGUAUUUGCAUUACCACUACUGUAAUACUUUUGGCAUCCAGUAGUUGGGAUCGGAAUGUUAUACCAUAUGCCCGUUGGGUUGGUUUUACUGCUAUGGUUUUAUUCUGCUUAGCUGCGGUAGUUCUUCCAUUAGGUUUCCAUGUGGAAGAGAUCGGUGGUCAAGCUUACCAACUUCCUAAUACUUACAAAAUUGGAAUUUCAUAUAUUUUGUUUGUAUUAGCUCUAUGGAUAACAGUGGUAUCGGAGUUGUUUGCAGGAAAAGUAUGUUUGCCGCAUUUUUAAUAAAUGUAGUUAAAAAUUUGAUGGGAAGGAGAAAAUUGUUCUGAUUCUCUAUUCACCCUUAAUUCAACUAGUACUCGGUCGUGAUAUUUUAUGUUUAAGAAGGCAGUUCAUCGUGUAUAUAUUUUUUUAAGUAUUAUUCCUUACUUUAUUUCAUGUAUAAUACGCCGUUUGUAAACUCAAUUUAAUCUGAAGUUGUUGGCUAACGCUGCAUACAAAUUUUCUAUUACCGACGAUAUACAUUUAAUAAUUGUCUAUUAUUAUUUUACUAAAAUUAAAAAAUAAAUAGGGAGACUGUAGUAAAAACAAAUAAUUUUGAGCAAAUGUUUUCACAUAUCAAUGAUUCCUCUUAUAAGUACUUUUGAAGAAUGUUUGAUUCUAUUAUUAUUAUUUUUGAAUAAGUUAGUACUAGUAAAGGAAUAUUGGUAUUGAUUAGGUAUGUAUGAAGUAUAAUUAUAUAUUUGCGGAAAAUGCUUAGAGCUACAUAUAUUUCUAUAUAUUAAUCGUCUCUCUUUUAAGCUUUUAAACUAUUAUUGUGCAAUGAAAUAAAACACAAAAUUUUCACUUUUCCAUAUAUUUCAUUAAAAUUAAUGAUUUUUAUUUUACUUUCCAGUGGAAUAUAAGAAAAUAAUAUACAUAUUUUUAAAACUCAGACUUAUGGUGAUGUUUAAAUAAUGUAGGGGCAAAUAUUUUGUAAUAUUUAGUAUUUUUCCACAAUUAACUUUGUAAUUAAUUAAAUAUAUAGUUUUAAACAAAAUAAUAUUAUUUACCUCUCUCUUGAAUAUCAACUAUAAUGUCAAACGACGAAAAUGUUCAAGUUGCUUUUUUCUACUUUUAUAAAAACAUAUUUUUAAUAAAAAUCGAACUACGUAAAGUGAAGCAAUUUUUAUUGUUUUUCAGUUCUUCAAGCAUAUGUAAAAAUAUUUUAAAUAUGAGUGACUUUACCGUUAUAGGCGAAACAUUUUCUGCCACACAAUAAUAUUUUUACAUUUUUUGGACGGUGGUCCAGGUGAGAAUGUAAACCAAAACUAGUAUUCUUCCAAAGUUGUCUCUCACACAAGGGUUUAUUUAUAUUUAAAAAAUUUUGGACAUUAUAGUUAGAUGCAAGAGAGUUCUCUUUUCUAUCUUGUUUAAUAUACCUUAUCCUAAACAUAUUGGGUGUGUAUGAAAAAUUAGAGUAUUUCAUAAAUACGAGUAUAACAAUCUAUUUUUACUGUUCUUAUUUCUGUUAGCAUAAAUAUUUAUACAUUUUUGACCUAGUUAACUUUAUUGUAAAUCUUUUAAGUUUGUUUUAGUAGUUAGUAUUUUCACUUUUUUAUAAAAUGCUCCAUGCAUUUUUAACGGGUUCGCUGCUUAUUUUAUUGGUUUGUUUCUUCUCCUCUGUCCUCGUUUUUUAUACUUUUUACAACUUUCCAUCGAAUUGUGUC